AUGGCUAAACUGAGACUUACAGCUCUAUUGACAGGAACAAAAGACAAGUUUCUGUCUAUUUUUGGAUCUGUCUUCAGAGUUUUUUGGCGAUCCAAGAAGAAAGACAAGUCAGCCAGGAAGGCAUUAGCUGGCCAGGUAGUGGCCAUAGAAGACACCACUGCUGGUCAGCCAAGGGCCAAAGCAGAAACUGCUGCUGGUCAAACAAAGGCCAAAGAAAAAACUGCUGAUGGUCAAACAAAAGCCAAAGUGGAAACUUCUUCUGGUCUGCUGGAGGCCAUAGCAAAAAAUGCUAAUGGUCAGCUGAAGGCCAAAGCAGAAACUGCUAUCAGUAACCUGGAGACCAUGGCAAAAGCUGCUAAUGAUCAACUGCAGGACAAAGCAGAAACUGCUGCUGCUUUGCCAAGGGCCAAAGCAGAAACUGCUAUUGGUCAACAGAGGGCAAAAGAAGAACCUGCUGUUGGUCAACCAAAGGCCAAAGCAGAGCCUGAUGUUGGUCAACAGAAGGCCAAAGGAGGACCUGAUGUUGGUCAACAGAAGGCCAAAGGAGGACCUGAUGUUGGUCAACAGAAGGCCAAAGCAGAACCUGAUGUUGGUCAACAGAAGGCCAAAGGAGGACCUGAUGUUGGUCAACAGGAGGCCAAAGCAGAACCUGAUGUUGGUCAACAGAAGGCCAAAGGAGGACCUGAUGUUGGUCAACAGAAGGCCACAGGAGGACCUGAUGUUGGUCAGCAGAAGGCCAAAGGAGGACCCGAUGUUGGUCAACAGAAGGCCAAAGGAGAACCCGAUGUUGGUCAACAGAAGGCCACAGGAGGACCUGAUGUUGGUCAGCAGAAGGCCAAAGGAGGACCUGAUGUUGGUCAACAGAAGGCCAAAGGAGGACCUGAUGUUGGUCAACAGAAGGCCAAAGGAGGACCUGAUGUUGGUCAACAGAAGGCCAAAGGAGAACCUGCUGUUGGUCAACCAAAGGUCGAAGAAGAGCCUUCUGUUGGUCAACCGAAGGCCAAAGCAAAAACUGCUAUUGGUCAACGGAGGGCCAAAGCGGAAACUGCUAUUGGUCAACCGAAGGCCAAAGAAGAAACUGCUAUUGGUCAGCUGGAAGCCAGAGAAGGUAACUCUGCAGCCACAGAAAAAUCCAGCCCCAAUAAGACCACCCAGAAGAAUGGUGGCCAUAAAAAGCGCAAUAAAAAGCGCAAAAAAUAA